AUGUGGUUUCUCUGUGUAUUCUAUCACAGACUGUUAGAUUUCAGGAAGCCAGAGGUUGAAGCUUUAGCUGAGCUAUUCGGAGAAGAGAUUGCAGAGAAUGAGUCUCUUCAAUGGCGACUUCCUCAACAUCACCAUAACGAUACUCCAUUCCAUUUUGUUCAACUUUCUUCUGAAGAAAUCGCCACUAACAUCGCCAAGAGAAGUAUUUUGGUUAAAGGAAUGUAUGAGCUUUGGGGUGAAGGAACUUGCUAUGAGGAGCUUGAAGAGUCCAUUAAAAGCUACCCUGAUUCUCGGAAGCUUCCAUUUCUCACUUCUGGUUCCACCUUUAGGAUCUCCGUUGAAACUUUUGGAAAGGCUAUGACUUUCGAGGAGCAGAAUGAUCGUAUUCGUUCGUUUACUUAUAUCCCGUUCGAGGGUAAGGUUGAUUUGAAAAACCCAGAUCACAACUUUUUUCUAAUGGAAAUGGAUGAAUCUGAAGAGAACAAUGGACUUCCACCUAUUGUGCAAAGAAGAAUCUUUUUUGGGAGGGAGGUUGGUUUUGCUGAUAGGAAGCUUUUACCGACAUUUCAGUUGAAAUCUCGGACUUACCUUGGCCCGACUGCUAUGGAUGCUGAAAUGGCUUUCUUAAUGGCUAAUCAAGCAAAAGCUACAUCGGGAAAACUUGUGUAUGAUCCUUUCGUAGGUACAGGGAGCAUUCUUGUUUCUGCUGCUCGGUUUGGCGCAAUGACAAUGGGUGCGGAUAUCGAUAUCAGAGUAGUGCGUGAUGGACGUGGUCCAGACUGUAAUGUCUGGAGCAAUUUCAAGCAGUAUGGACUACCUAUGCCAGUUGCUUUGCUUAGAAUGGAUAAUAAUCUUCCUCCUUGGCGUUCCGGGCUAAAGGAGAUCUUUGAUGCAAUUAUCUGUGAUCCACCUUAUGGUGUUCGAGCUUGUGGACGUAAAUCUGGUGGCCGCAAAAUCCUUAGAGGGACAGUAGAUCCUUACACUGUCCCUGAUGACAAAAGAACAGAUCACAUUCCAUCCACUGGUGCAUAUAGUCUAGUGGAGUGUGUUCAUGAUCUGCUUCACCUUGCUGCAAGAAUGCUGGUGAUGAAAGGCAGGCUCGUCUUUUUCUUCCCUGUUUUGAGAGAUGACAAUGGCGGCGAGGUUAAGUUUCCCGAGCAUCCGUGUUUCAAGUUGGUCGCUGUCUCUGAACAGAUCUUAAGCUCGCGGUACAGUCGGGUUUUGUUAACCAUGGUGAAAGUAGAGCCUUAUAGUGACGAAAUUGAAGAAGCUGCUCGUUUAAUGCAUUUAGAGUUUAGAAAGAAUCAUCUCAAGUGGUUAGAGGAUGGUAAUAUUCAUUCCUCUGUGUUUAAACCCAUUGAUUCUUCUCAGAUUCACACUGAUUCCAAAACCUUUAAAGAUCCAAAACCAAAGUAUAGAGGGAAGUAUGUGUAA